AAAGCCCCGGAGCUGUCCGAGUCGGCGGCGUAGGUAGAAGCCGCUGUGCGGGAGCCAUCAUGGCGGAUCAGGCAGCGCAGCUGCGGGCCGACGGGAUCGUGAAGCGGCUGGUGCAGGAGGGCCGGGGUCCGAUGCCCGACUACCGCGACGGCACCAAGGCCACUUUCCACUACCGCACCAUGCUGUCCGAAGGGGAGCACCGCGUGCUGGACGACAGCCGUGCCCGCGGGAAGCCCAUGGAGCUCAUUAUUGGCAAGAAAUUCAAGCUGCCAGUGUGGGAGACCAUCCUGAGCACCAUGCGGGACGGGGAGCAGGCUGAGUUCCUGUGUGACACCAAGCAUGUGGUGCUGUACCCGCUGGUGGCGAAGAGCCUGCGGAACAUCGCAGCAGGGAAGGACCCCCUGGAGGGACAGCGGCACUGCUGUGGCAUCGCCCAGAUGCAUGAGCACCACUCUCUGGGCUACCCCGACCUGGAUGACCUGCAGCAGAACCCCCAGCCCCUCAUCUUCGCCAUCGACAUGCUGAAGGUGGAGGCGCCCGGCUCGUACCGGCAGGACCCGUGGGCCAUGACGGACGAGGAGAAGAUGCAGGCUGUUCCGCUGAUCCACGAGGAGGGCAACGAGCUCUAUCGCCAGGGCAAGGUGACCGAGGCAGCCGCCAAGUACUACGAUGCCAUCGCCUGCCUGAAGAACCUGCAGAUGAAGGAGCAGCCGGGCUCCCCAGACUGGAUCCAGCUGGACCAGAAGAUCACCCCCUUGCUGCUGAACUACUGCCAGUGCAAGCUGCUGUGCCACGAAUACUACGAGGUGCUGGACCACUGCUCCUCCAUCCUCAAUAAGUACGAAGACAAUGUCAAGGCCUAUUUCAAGCGGGGGAAGGCGCAUGCCGCCGUGUGGAAUACGGCCGAGGCCCAGGCCGACUUUGCCAAGGUGCUGGCACUGGACCCGUCACUGGGCCCCGUGGUGGCCAAGGAGCUGCGCAGUCUGGAGACGCGCCUGCGCCAGAAGGACAAUGAGGACAAGAUCCGCUUCAAGGGCAUCUUCUCCCAGUAGCGGCUGUGCCAGGCCCGGGGAGCAGCAGGGUGCUGCCAGAGGGGGCUGUGCCGACCGCCCCAGGGCCUGGGCUGGAGUGAGCUGGCAGCAUCCGUCUGUCUGUCCGUCUGUGCUUGGCGCCCCCGUGCUCCUCGUCCUCGCUUCCCAUGCUCUGUAGCCAAUAAACUGAUAUUUAUCCAUGG